AACAGCAUUCAAAGAACACCAGUAAAUCCUGGCACCAGAAAGAUCAAAUGGUUGACAUACUGAUAUGUGAAGAACUAGUACAUGUAAGUACACAGGCUGUGAUAAUAAGUUUUUUUUUAAAGGGGGAGGGGGAAAAAAGACUAGAAGGACAUAAACCAACAUAUAACAUGAUUAUCCGUUUGCUUAUUCAUUUAACAAAUAAUUGAGUACUUUCUGUAUGACACUGUUCUAAGCAUUGCAGAAUUCAGCAGACUCACAAACUAUAUUGCCAAUGAUACACUAACUGCAAUUUAUAAUUUAAAAGCAAGAAUUGCAGCAAUUAUAAGCCAUGACCAACUAAAGAACACUAAUUAUGCAGUGAUAGGACAGGUAAGGUGUCCUUCCAAAAACAGUAGGGAGAUUCUGAUUCUUUGCACAUGCGUUAGUGCAGCAGGAUUGCUGCCAGGCAAGUUGGCCAGACUUCUUGAUGGAACUCUGAAUGUGAGUCUGCAGGAAGACCAGGGGAUGUGCUCAUUUUAGUUUAGGAAUACUAAGUGUUAGGAAUACCUUUUUAAUUUGGUAAACAACCCUUGACCGUGUAUAACCAAUUCAUGACCCAUCAGUAGAUCACCUGUUGUUCACUCACAGCCCUUAGGCUGCACUCCAACUAACAGCCUUAGGAGACAUUUUUCCAGUAUACCUAAAUGGAUCUUAUAAUUUGAUUGAUGCCCAGAUCUCACAAUGUGAGGUGUAUCUACACGUACCUUAUAACUGUUAUAUAUAUGCAGUCAGCAAUCCCAGUAUGUAGCCAUGUUAAUUUAUAUUUAUCCUUUUAAUAAUCUGAUAAUAUUAUGCUAACAAGACAGAUUACAAAGUAUAAAAUAGUGCUUCUGGGGCAUAGCUAGGUACCCUCAAUUCCUUGUAUCAUUUUUUUAAAAAUUUAAUUGAGAAAAGUCUUAGCAAUGAUUAAUAGACUAUAUAUGAAACCUAGUUUUAGGACCCAAUUUUGUAUUGCCUCAAUGAAAAAUUAAUAUCUUCCAUUCUAAGUUUGUAUUUACAAAAAGACUUGACUCUUGGGGGUACUGUUGUUGUCUUCUCUGUUGAUGCAUAUAAUGUAUACAUUUUUCUCUGCACUGUUUCAUUCCAGAUAAACUUCUAAAACAAAACAGGGAUGCAACAGGCACCAGUAACCCCUUUCUAUCUUUCUCCCCUUCUAGGUUAUCCCUUUGCGUUGUUUUAUCGGCAUUACCUUUUCUACAAAGACAGCUACCUCAUCCACCUCUUCCACACCUUUACAGGCCUCUCAAUUGCUUAUUUUAACUUUGGAAACCAGCUGUACCAUUCCCUGCUAUGUAUUGUGCUUCAGUUCCUCAUCCUUCGACUAAUGGGCCGCACUGUCACUGCUGUCCUCACUACCUUUUGCUUACAGAUGGCCUACCUUCUUGCUGGAUAUUAUUACACAGCCACUGGCAACUACGACAUCAAGUGGACAAUGCCACACUGUGUUCUGACACUGAAGCUGAUUGGUUUGGCUGUUGACUACUUUGAUGGAGGGAAAGAUCAGAACUCCUUGUCCUCUGAGCAACAGAAAUAUGCCAUACGGGGUGUCCCUUCCCUGCUGGAAGUUGCUGGUUUCUCCUACUUCUAUGGGGCCUUCUUGGUAGGGCCCCAGUUCUCAAUGAACCACUACAUGAAGCUGGUGCAGGGACAGCUGACUGACAUACCAGGGAAGAUACCAAACAGCACCAUACCUGCUCUCAAGCGCCUCAGUCUGGGCCUUGUCUACCUGGUGGGCUACACUCUGCUCAGCCCCCACAUCACAGAAGACUAUCUUGUCACUGAAGACUAUGAAAACCGCCCUUUCUGGUUCCGCUGCAUGUACAUGCUGGUCUGGGGCAAGUUUGUGCUGUACAAAUACGUCACCUGUUGGUUGGUCACAGAAGGCGUGUGCAUCCUGACAGGGCUAGGAUUCAAUGACUUUGAAGAGGGAAAGGCAAAGUGGAACGCCUGUGCCAACAUGAAGGUGUGGCUCUUUGAAACCACCCCCCGCUUCACGGGCACCAUCGCCUCUUUCAACAUCAACACCAACGCCUGGGUGGCCCGUUACGUCUUCAAACGGCUCAAGUUCCUUGGAAAUAAAGAACUAUCACAGGGACUCUCAUUGCUAUUCUUGGCCCUCUGGCACGGCCUACACUCAGGAUACCUUGUCUGCUUCCAGAUGGAAUUCCUCAUUGUUAUUGUGGAGAGACAGGCUGCCAGACUAAUUCAAGAGAGCCCAGCCCUGAGCAAAUUGGCCUCUAUUACUGUCCUACAACCCUUCUACUAUUUGGUGCAACAGACCAUCCACUGGCUCUUCAUGGGCUACUCAAUGACUGCUUUCUGCCUCUUCACAUGGGACAAAUGGCUUAAGGUGUACAAAUCCGUCUAUUUUCUUGGUCACGUCUUCUUCUUGAGCCUACUAUUUAUAUUGCCUUAUAUUCACAAAGCAAUGGUGCCAAGGAAAGAGAAGUUAAAGAAAAUGGAAUAAUCUGUUUUUCCCUGGUGGCCUAGAGCAGGACUGGUGCAAAGACUACUUGUCUCCCUUUUCACAGCACUCCCUCGCCCCAGAGCACAGAGAACAGAAAAGCCAGGGAAUUGAAAGACAUGGCACUCCCAGCUGUGCCUCUGCUGCCAGCCAAGUCUUCAUAUGGGGCCAAAGGGGAAACUCUUGUGGGAGGAGCAGAGGGGCCCACGUCUCCCCUCUGGACUCCCCCAUGCACGUUGCCUUAUCUCUCCCCCUCUACCCAGGAAUCUGUUAUGUUCUUCUGCCAAUUUACUAUGAUUGUAUAUGUGCCGCUACCACCACCCCCCCCAUGGGGGGGAGGAGAGGGGUAUGAGGCCCCGCCUGCUCCACUUUUUCUACCUUGGAACUAUACCAGAUAAAAUCACUUCUGUUUGUUCAGUUUUUCA